AUGAAAAACACGCAUCGAGGUGGACAUGUGAAGAAGAAGAAGCAAAGCGACGGUGCAAGACUUAUUAUAUCUGCAACUGCGGGAAUAAUCGUUGGAUACCUAAUCGGGAUUAAUUUUCCUUAUGUUGCUCUUACCAAGAUUGACUUACCUUCAAGCAUUCAUUCAUCAUCCGAAAAUACAAAUAACGAAUAUCAAUCAAAGCCUUCCGAACGUAACUUCCCUGAAAAUCUCGGUUUGGUUAAUACACCUGUAACACCUCAGAUUUAUGUUCCAACAAAUCCGCGUGGUGCCGAAACAUUACCUCCAGGAAUUGUAGUUUCAGAAACAGAUUUAUAUUUGCGAAGAUUAUGGGGAAGACCGAGUGAGGAUCUAAAGAAGAAGCCAAAGUACUUGGUAACUUUCACUGUCGGUUGGGACCAACGAGACAACAUCGACGCAGCAGUAAAAAAGUUUUCAUCGGACUUCCAAAUCUUGCUUUUCCACUAUGAUGGUCGAACAACAGAAUGGGAUCGAUAUGAGUGGUCAAAGAAGUCAAUUCACGUCAGCGUAACGAGACAAACCAAAUGGUGGUAUGCAAAGAGGUUUUUGCAUCCGGAUAUUGUGGCAGCUUAUGAUUACAUUUUCGUUUGGGAUGAAGAUCUCGGUGUCAAACACUUCAACGGGGACAUGUAUAUGAAGGUAGUUAAGAAAUAUGGGUUGGAGAUUUCUCAGCCUGGCCUUGAACCGGAUAAUGGAUUAACAUGGGAAAUGACAAAGAGAAGAGGCGAUAAAGAAGUCCACAAGGAUACAGAAGAGAAACCAGGAUGGUGCAGUGAUCCCAGAUUGCCUCCGUGUGCAGCAUUUGUAGAGAUUAUGGCUCCUGUGUUUUCGCGGGAAGCUUGGCGGUGUGUGUGGUAUUUGAUUCAGAAUGAUUUGGUGCAUGGAUGGGGUUUGGAUUUUGCUCUUAGAAGAUGCGUCGAGCCCGCACAUGAGAAAAUCGGUGUUGUAGAUUCACAGUGGAUUGUUCAUCAAGUCAUUCCUUCACUGGGUCAAGUAACGAAUGCGGAAUAUGGAUGGCAAGAGGUAAAAGAUAGAUGCAAAAGUGAGUGGGCCCUAUUUCAAGAUCGGCUUGCCAACGCGUAUGCAGUUUACGUUAGAGAGACAGGAAAGGCUAAACCAUAACUUGUUUUUGUUGCUAUGUUUUAGUUUAAUUAACCUGUCACUUGGUAGAAAAGGUGGUUUAAAGCUCAGAUCCUCUUCAUA